GCCAUUUCGUCAUUUUGCGUUUGGCCGUUUUGAUUUCGCAGAAAACAUUCUAGACGUGAAUUGCCAGAGUGGUAGGGAUAGUGGAUUUAUUGUUUUGCAAUCAUUUAUAGCAAAUAGGGAAUAUCAAUAUGAAUUUACUAGAACUACCAGACUGUAUGCUCCUGGACAUCUUCGAGUUUCUUACCUAUGAAGAGGUAUCUAAAAACCGCUUGGUUUGCAGAAGAAUAAACCAAAUUUGUCAACAAGUGCUAAACGGAGGUUUCAGUCGCGCUGUUCGUCAGCACACAACUAUCUUUAAACGCAUCAAAUCAAUGCUCCCGCGUAGGGAAUCCGAACGACGGAAUCAUAGUCUUGCGCGUCAUGCUGAUAUCCUAACAUCCAUAGAGACGCGAAUUUCCAUGCUUUCAAUGACAUAUUGCAAGUACAUAGACCUGAAUUUGUGCUGCUUCAUUCCCGGUCGGGUGUUGGAUGAAAUUUUUCGAAUUCUCUCAUUGGUGUCAAAAACGCGUAAAACCCUUCGGCCACAUGAAGUUCUCCAGGAGUUACGGGAUAUAUCGUCCAUGGCUAUAGAACAUUUUGAUGAAAAAAUCGCCAAUCUUUUAAAAUCGUAUGUAGAUUCUGUUGGAAACAGGUCUAAUGCUGGCGGUAUUGAAAACAAACGUAUAACACCGGCAAGUUCUGGUUUAGGUAACAUAAUCUUCAGUGUUCAGACUGGUAGCUCCAGUAUGUGGCCACAAUCAAACAGCACGUCCAAAAUGUGGACACCACCAACACGAGCAGCUCCAAUGAAGAUGACUUGCAAUACAUGCAACGACUCCGCUUGUGAAGCUAUACUUAACCGUAUGGCUGCACUGAUUAACAUGAAGUCGCCACAUUCAGACAGUUCUGAUUCCACAGAUUGGGACUCUUUGUACACCGCAAUAGGGUGCUGCGGUAGUAAAACAGCUGGCACGAGCCCUAGAAACGAAGGCCAACAAAAUCGCAGUGGAUGCCCAGAAGCAAGAGCUACCAUGGCCAAGUAUAAGAAGCUUGAGUUGGAGUACAAAAACGGAAUCCAAAGGAUGAACCGAAUGCAGCAUAUACAGGUGCAACAAUCGCGCCGCUUACAACAGACUAUGAACACUAUUGCUACGAUGAGCACUCAGAUCACUGAACUUAAAAAACGUUUAGAGGACUUGGACGCAAAGAACAGGGAAAUAUCUGCAAAUAUUAAACAAAUUAAUCCAGCUACAGGGGAAUCAACUAAUGCAGCACCUGUUGUUGGUGCGGUACCUUCUACAGAAGUGAAUGAUGACGGAGUAGAUGUUAGUAUUGACCCAUCGGAAGGACCGUCAGCUGCCAAAAAACGACGUUGUGAUGGAAAUUCGACUGGGGGGAAGAGAAAACCUGACGCGGGCGAAAAACCAGAAUAGGUUUCUAAGUUCAAACAUUUCCAAAAUUACCGAUUUUUAUUAGCGAUUUAAAGGAUAAGUGCAACUGCUAAUGUGUUUUCAAUUAGAAAUCACAUCUUAAGGAUAGCUGGCUUCCUAACCAUUAUUACCUUAUCAUAAGAUAAGUCUUGAAAUACACAUUUAGCAUUUGAUAACGCCCUAAUGCACAAGCUCCCAGAAGCCAGCCGAUCUGAGCUCAUUUAUCUACCAAAAUCUUAAAUAUUUUCAUUGGGCGGAUAUGCAAUGUCCAUUUUGAUCGACUGAUUUUAACCAUAGCUGAUUUGUUGUAUUAAUGCAAAAGAAAUGAUUGCUUUUUGGGAACUGUAAAUACCUAGCAGUUAUGUAUUUUAUACCUUGUUUAAAUAAAUUGACUUAUGCCUAUA